AUGCCCACUCUCAGCCAGGUCCGUCAGUCCAACACGGCCCUGGGCGCUCAGCGCCAAAAGAUGGUCGCCGUUUUCGUGGGAGGCACCAGCGGCAUAGGAGAAGCAACAGCCAAGCAGAUGGCGCUCGCUGUGAAACAACCAACCAUCCACCUGGUUGGCCGGAAUCCUGCAUCCGGUUCCAGAGUCCUAGAGGAGCUCCGGGCUUCCAAUCCAAGCGGAUCAUAUAACUUCAUUCAAUCGGAUGUCUCACUUCUGCGCAGCGUCGACAAAGCCUGUGAGGAAAUUACGGACAAGGAAAAGCAAAUUGAUCUCCUCUUCAUGUCCACCGGUCACCUAUCUCUCUCCAAGAACGAAACCGACGAGGGACUAGACGACAACCAUGCCCUUCGUUACUACUCCCGCAUGCGCUUCGUGCAGAGUCUCAUGCCACUGCUCAGUGCCUCUUCCGGUCCAGCCAGGGUCGUAUCCAUCCUAGCGGGCGGCCAGGAAGGCACCAUGGAGGAAGACAAUUUCGACCUGAGGAAAUCUUGGAGUUUUACGAAAGGAAACACAUACGCCGCCACCUUAAACUCGCUAGCGAUAGAGCAUCUAGCCACCGCCCAUCCGACCGUAAGCUUUCUACACGUCUUCCCGGGUAUUGUACGGACUCCAUUGAUGAACGCCUCCUUCGGAAAUUACGGCGGCGCCAUCCUAAGCUUUCUUUCUCGUCCGAUUUCAAUGUCCCCGGAGGAGAGUGGCGAGCGUAAUUUGUUUCUCUCGACGUCGGCAGCCUAUCCACCAGCCACGCCGAAAGAUCCAUCCCAGCUGGGGGUUCCCUUGGUCAAAGGGGUGGACACGGCGUCUGCAUCAACUGGCAAAGUCGGCGGAGGUUCAUAUAUUCUUAAAUACGAUGGGAGUAAUGCAACCCGGGAGAAAUUGAUGGCUGAUUAUCGAGCCAGGAGUUUCCCUGGUAAGGUUUGGGACCAUACACUGGAGACAUUCAAGCGGGUGCUGCGGUCAGACUGA